AUGCUUCCGCUAUUCGGUGUGACAUACCAACCAAGCAGAAUGGAAACAAGGCGAAUAGGGACAUACCUCAACAGUAGCAGAAGAGAGGAAAAGGAUUUGAACAUUGGAAAUCCAAGCAAAGAACUUGGCAUCGUCUUCAGGCUCACACGGAUAAUGCCGUGGGAAAGCAAGAUCGAUGCGGGCUUCGAGAAGGGAGUCGAGGAAAUUGGCGGUCCAAUAAUUAACCCACAGAGCAUUGUCAGAUUAGUGGAGGUAGGUAAGGUUUGGUGUGUUGAAUGCCAAACGACGGCGUCUGGGGUGAGGGACAGUAUAAUCAAGGAGAAUAGUGAUUCUCUUGAUGGUAUUGUGACAGAAAUCAUAAGGUCCCACCCACCGUGGAUGAUUAAUGUACUUAUGAUGUAUGUAUAA